GGCUAAAUGACGUAGUCCAAACGAUGGCACAUUCUAGAGACAUGGCGUUUGUUCCUCACCAAGCGCGUGCAUUUUAGAAUCAAAGCGGUACGCGCUCCAACCGGAGCUGUCUGCAUUUGUGUUUACCAACUGGAAACACCGAAGCAGAGCCUCGACGGUCCCUCGCAUCGGACAAUAGACCUGAGCCCGCGUAUUUGAGACGCUGAAGGUGGGAGGUGGCUGUUCAGCAGAGACGAAGAGAAACAGACCCCCAAAGGCUAAACUAAUAACUCACGGCUAAAAAGAGGUGGACGAGCGGCUGAAAAACACUCGAGCGAGUGGUGUUCUGAGGAGGCGACAUGGUGGAUUACUAUAACAUCCUGGGAGUUCCCAGAACAGCCACGCAAGAUGACAUCAAGAAGGCGUACAGGAAAUUGGCUUUGAAAUGGCAUCCUGACAAAAAUCCUGACAACAAGGAGGAGGCGGAGAGAAAAUUCAAAGAAGUGGCUGAAGCUUAUGAAGUCCUGUCUGACAAGAGCAGACGUGAAGCUUAUGACAGAUAUGGAAAUGACCGAAUGCCACACUCAGGUUCCUCCACCUCAGACUUCUCAGGUUUCCCAGAUUAUACGUUCACAUUCCGCAGUCCAGAUGAGGUGUUUAGAGAGUUUUUUGGGGGACAGGAUCCCUUCUCAAGUUUUUUUGAUGACUUCCCAGCCUUUGGAGGCUCUACACGCCAGGGCCCCAGUCGAUUCUUCUCUUUUCCUUCAGCUGGAGUUGAAUUUAGCUCCUUUUCUUCGUCCUUCGGUGGUCUGGAUGGGAUGGACAGCAUGGGAGGAGGGACGGGCAACUUCAGAUCGGUUUCUACUUCCAGUCGCAUCGUAAAUGGAAAACGCACCACCACCAAAAAAAUCAAGGAGAACGGGCAGGAGAGAGUAGAGAUUGAGGAGGAUGGGGUGUUAAAGAGCAUCCUAAUUAACGGUGUGGAGGAUGAAAUGGCCCUCGCUCUGGAGCUUAGUCGAAGAGAAGGACAGCCCCAUCAGUCCUCUCAGAAUCCACAAGUCCAGAACAGAUUGACUGACAGAUAUCAUGGAAGUCCUUACUCUGCGCCAGCGCAGCGGUCAUUUAGCGCAGCCCCCUUCUACCAAUAUGGGAACACAACAAAGGAGGAUGAAGAGGAAGAUGAGGACCUUCAGAUGGCUUUGGCAUGCAGCUUGUCAGAAAUGGAAGCUCAGCAGAGAGCCGGUGCUACCGACUUCAUAUCAGGUGCUGGGGAUAAGGGAAGAGCCAAACGAGGGGAGAUUGCUAAUGGGAAACAUUUGAAUUUGUCCAGUGGUCACAAGAUAGUUGCAGGGGGGCAAGAUGAUGGGAGCCAACUUAAAGUGGGCUCUGGGCUUGCAGAUAAUUUGAAAACAAAACGAACCAGAGAGCCAGCUUCCUCCUCUGAGUCAUCAUCCGCUGCCAGCACUAAUCUGCCAAACAGUUACAGUGAAGAAAUAUUCCAACCUGCAGCAAAAAACUCCAGUGGAACCUUAAAAAAGAACAAAUGUGGAUGUGUGGUGUGCUAAUCUAGUGUCUGUAUACAUAUUUGAGUUACCUUAACAUACUUGGUGUCAGCAAACACAGAGACUCUGGGAUUGCUCGACUUUUUAUUGAAGGCUAACAGUAAUGCCAGAACACUCCAAAAAGCAACAUGUUCUAAGUUUCCUGCUGGAGUUUUGAUUUUAAUGGACAGUAAACAUUGUCACAUGAUCGCUCAUAAAGUUACAACUUAAAU